AUGGUUGAAUGGGUAGCUAUUGUGUAUGACAAGAAAGGUAGCGAUAGAUCACAGGCGAGACCUGAGCAUCUGGCUGGCAUUCCGCCCCUUGUCCAAGCGGGAAAAUUGGUGUGUGCGGGCGCGAUCUACCAUGACGUUAUAGACGGUAAGCCUGCCAAUUUCGCAGGAUCUCAUCUACAGAUCGUGGCAGACACCAAAGAGGAAGCGCUCGAAGUGGUGAAGAACGACAUCUUCGCUAAGACGGGCAUUUGGGAUCUCGAAAACAUCUUGAUCUACCCAUUCGGGUGUGCCACGCGUGCUGCGAAAUAA